AUGGAAGCAUACGAGAAUGCCAAGUUGUACAAGGAGAGAAGCAAGCUUUACUAUGACAAGAAGUUGAUGAAGAAGGAAUUCCAGGAGGGUCAACUUGUCAUUCUUUACAAUUCAAGGCUCAAAUUGUUUCCCGUAAAGCUUAGAAUAAGGUGGAGUGGUCAUUUUGAAGUCGUGCAAGUAUUCCCCCAUGGUGCUAUAGAAAUCAAGAAUACAAGAGAUGAGAGUACUUUCAAGGUCAAUGGCCACCGAUUGAAGCUAUAUUUGCUAGCAAGUGUGGGAAAUGAAGAGGAGGUCAUUUGCUUUGUGGAUGCUCCUCUUGCUGCUCAUCAUUGA